CGGAUCAAUAUAUUGUUAGAUCAAAUAUUCCAAGUGAUACUUCAGUAAUGACUUUAACUGUUAUCAAUUCCGUACCAUCGUCUGAUCCAACGAAAAAUUAUGAUUCCGAGCUUGUUUCAGUUAUAAGUACCUCUGGAAAUGGAGCAUUUUCAGAUAUUACCUAUCUCAUUCUUACAGAUACUAAGGGCGGAUUGCCACCACCGAAGUCAGAAUGUGGAACUACAUAUCCAAAUGGUUAUAUCUUUUCGGAAGAAAUUUUUGCAACUAUCUUAUACUACCACCCUGGAACAAACUAG